GAUCAAGAACGAAUGAUAAAGGUCGUCGCUGCUGCUGUAAACAAGGAGGUGUCGGUACGAGUGGCAGCGAAUGCGUUUGGAGUUGAGAAGAGUAGCGUUCAUAGGCACGUGAAGAAGCACAUCCCGAUGAAUGCGAAGCCAGGUCCCGAUCCAGUUCUUACCGAAGGAGAAGCCCAAGGUAUAAUCGAUGAUGUUAAAGCUCGCACUAAACGUGGUCAAUGUUUUACGUCUGUCGAGCUUGGCAAGUUUGUUCGU